GGGCGGGCGCGGUUGCGCUCUGCGAUUGGUGGAGAGGCGCAUCACUCCGCCGCUGCGAGGGCCGCACUUCCGCCUCGGUGUCAUCGGUGCCGGGGCGGGAGGGUGUUGCGGCGGGGUCGUCGCGGGAGCGCGGUGCCAGAGCUCCUGAUAGGGAGACAAGCAAGAUGGGGAAAAUAGCAGGAAAAAGGCUUUUUUUUUAAAUAACAUGCCACCAGAACAUCUGCAUGGUAGCAAAGAUCUUCUACAGCAGCUGGGUAUUUGCAAAAGAAGACUUGGACAGCACACAGAUACUUCAUCUCUAAAUCAAGUCCAACGAUGCAUUAGAGGAAGCUGGAGUGGCUGCACAGCGAUUUCACACUGAAGGAUGAAUAGUGAAGAAGAGUUUUAUGAUGCCGUUACGGGCUUUGAUUCCGACAAUUCUUCAGGAGACUUUUCAGAAGCAAAUCAUAAAGUUGCAGAAAUGCUUGAUCUAGAGCCACACCAAAGCGAUAGGACUGGGAAGCACAACGGAGAGACAGAGAUCCAGGAAAAUGGAAUUAAGAGACACAGGACGUCGUUACCUGCCCCAAUGUUUUCUAGGAAUGAUUUUAGUGUGUGGAGCAUACUAAAAAAAUGCAUUGGACUGGAGCUAUCUAAAAUUACAAUGCCCAUUGUUUUCAACGAGCCAUUGAGUUUCCUUCAACGGAUAACAGAAUAUAUGGAACAUAUAUACCUCAUAAAUAAGGCUUGUAGUCAUGCAGACCCCCUGGAAAGAAUGCAGGCUGUAGCUGCCUUUGCAGUUUCUGCUGUAGCUUCUCAGUGGGAGAGAACUGGCAAACCAUUUAACCCGCUGUUAGGAGAAACCUAUGAAUUAACCAGGGAGGAUUUAGGGUUUAGGUUUAUAUCUGAACAAGUCAGCCACCACCCGCCUAUUAGUGCAUUUUAUUCUGAAGGCCUCAAUAAGGAUUUCGUUUUUCAUGGAUCAAUCUAUCCCAAACUAAAGUUCUGGGGAAAGAGUAUAGAAGCAGAGCCCCGGGGAACAAUUACUUUGGAGCUUCUGAAACAUAAUGAAGCUUACACAUGGACGAACCCAACCUGUUGUGUACAUAAUGUAAUUAUUGGUAAACUGUGGUUAGAACAAUACGGAACAGUGGAGAUUGUAAAUCACAGCACUGGAGAUAAAUGUGUCCUUAAUUUUAAACCAUGUGGACUGUUUGGGAAAGAGCUUCACAGAGUAGAGGGACACAUUCAGGACAAAAACAGAAAGAAGCUGUGUGUGAUCUACGGCAAGUGGACAGAAUGCCUGUGGUGCACUGACCCCACGACGUAUGAGACAUACAAAAAGAAUGAGAAGAGAGGUGGUGAGCAGAAGAAACCGAAGCCGAGUGAAGAUGUUAUUAAAUCUGAAAAUGAUGAGGCUGAUGAUAUGCCAGAGGUUCAAGACACGGUGCAGUUCAUACCAGGCAGUAAAUUACUUUGGAGAAUAAAUUGCAGGCCACCAAACUCCUCGCAGAUGUACAAUUUCACCAGUUUUGCUGUGAGCCUCAAUGAGCUGGAGAAGGGCAUGGAGGCGAUCUUAGCUCCCACUGACUGCCGGCUACGUCCAGAUAUCAGAAACAUGGAAAAUGGGAACAUGGAUGUGGCUAGCAAAGAAAAGGAGAGACUAGAGGAGAAACAGCGAGCUGCUCGCAAGGAGCGCGCGAAGGAUGAGGUGGAGUGGCACACACGAUGGUUUCAUCAAGGCACUAACCCCUACACUGGGACUUCAGAUUGGCUGUACUCAGGUGGCUAUUUUGAUAGGAAUUUCUCAGACUGCCCAGACAUAUACUGAAAUUACAGAACCAAUCGCUCAUCUCAUCUGGACAUCCAGCUCCUAGAUUUCGUUCCAAGCCAGUCACUGGUUUUGUUGAUAGCAAAAACCAGCUUUUCUAAGUCGAUUUUAACACCAAGUCUAUGGGUCAACAAUCAAGGAUUUCAUUAGCACUAAUGUUGGAUUGCCAAAUAUUGAGAUACUGUUGCAUUCUGUCCAUAAAGCUGCACCUGAAAUCAUCAUGUUUUCACUAAUUUUCAAAGGCACCUUUUGGUUCUUCAUUUCCCCCCUAGUUUCUUUGUCAGGAAGAUUUGCUGUACCCAGUAGAGCACAUAACAUCCUUGAGAACUACAUAACUUAAAUAAAAUAGAGAUAAUAUCCUUGUUACUUAGUACAAUAGUGAAGAAUCUGCAGGUUUUUGGAGCUCGGAGCAGGGAUGAAAAGCACGGUACCAGCAGGAUCAAAUCUAGUGCUGUGGAUGCUCCCCAUGAAGAGAUGCAUGUGAGCUCCCGUACGGUAUGUAGCACUACGGGGGACCAGCUGCUAGCCCCUCAGUAUGAUUCAAUAAUGGAUUGACUCGAAACAAAACCCAACCUGAGCUUCCCAACGUGUAGUUGUCUGUUACAGAGUCUUCACAACUUCGGGACACUGUGAGCAUUAAGCUGUAUACCUGUGAUAAACCUACAUAAAGCAUACGUUAAAGAGCAGGGAAGGGUGCAUUAAAAACUGUGCUUUUUCUCAAGUCAAAUGCUGUUCUAAAACUACCAGAAGCUUCGGAAGCAAUUGCAGGAAUGUCGAGGUGGUUACAAUGUAAAAUAUAUUGCUUGCUACCACUUGGAGGCUUAAAUCUUCUGCACUACCUUUGGCAGCUUUGGCGCUGUGUAUGCUUCUAGGCUAAACUCUUUGGAAGCACUUUGGUGUCUGUAGCCACACAGGUUCAUAUUCUGGGGACGUUUUGGUUUGCAUGUUGUUCAUUAUUAGGUCAUGUCUGGUUUGUAUGUUGUGAAAAAGCAGAAAUCAACUUCACGCUUUGGCAGAGUUCUACCUAUUACAAGUUUUCUGUGAGCACGUGAUGUCAGUAAGUCAGAUUUCCUUUGUUCCAUGUCAAACCAUCAAAGCCAUAUAACCCUAGAAAG